AUGAGAUCUCACCAGAGCAGAGCAGAGGGGCAGAAUUACUUCUGUCGACCCCCUGACCACGCUACUUUUGAUGCGGCCCAGCAUAUUGUUGGCUUUCUGGGCUGUGAGUGCACAUUGGUGAUUCACGUCCACCUUUUCAUCCACCAGAAACCCCAAGUCCUUCUCAGCAGAGUUGCUCUCAAUCUCUUAAUUCUCCAGCCUGUAUUGAUACUGUGGGUUGCCCUGACGCAGGUGCAGGACGCUGUACUUGCUAAAUGUGAUGAAGUUCACACAGGCCCAUUUCUUGAGCUUGUCCGGGUCCCACUGGAUGGCAUCCCUUCCCCCAGGCGUGUCAACCUCACCACUCAGCUUGCUGUCAUCUGCAUACUCGCUGAGGGUGCACACAAUCCUGAUGUCUAUGUCAUUGAUGAAGAUAUUAAAUGCUUACCCUUGCCUCAUCGCAGGCAUGUCAAGCAGCCACGUGUUUCAAAGGCUGCUGUUGGCAGGAAGGGCAAGCUGCGGCUAGGGGACCCCCCAGGGGCCUCAGGCUGCGUGGACGGGACCCCCACCCCCGCCUCCGUGUUGCAGAAGGCCCGCUCUACUGAAGGGGCUUGGCUGGUCCUUCGAGCACCUCUUCCAGUUCCUCCCAGCACCUCUCUCUACGCCCGCACCUGUAAAAUAGCAGCGCCGCGGCCAGACACUAUCAUACUGUGGUAUCUAAUGUACAUUUUUCUUUCAGUUGUAGCAAGUCUAAUCAUCCUUCAUCUGUCUGGGGCAACAAAAAAAGGAACAGAGAAGCAAACUACUUCCGAAGGACAGAAACCAGUGCAGUGUGGAACUUGGACAAAAUAUGCAGAAGGAGGCAUCUUCACUUCUCCCAAUUACCCCAACAAGUAUCCUCCUGACAGAGAGUGCGUCUACAUUAUAGAAGCUGCCCCUAGACAAUGCAUUGAACUACAUUUUGAUGAAAAAUAUUCCAUAGAGCCUUCUUGGGAGUGUAAAUUUGACCAUAUUGAAGUACGAGAUGGACCUUUUGGUUUUUCCCCAAUCAUUGGACGUUUCUGUGGACAGCAAAAUCCACCUAUGAUAAAAUCCAGUGGCAGAUUCCUAUGGAUUAAAUUUUUUACUGAUGGUGAGCUGGAAUCUAUCGGGUUUUCUGCUCGGUACAAUUUUACACCUGAUCCAGAUUUUAAGGACCUUGGCGUUUUGAAACCAUUGCCAGUUUGUGAGUUUGAGAUGGGAGGACCUGAAGGAAUUGUGGAAUCUGUACAAAUUGUUAAAGAAGGAAAAGCUUCUGAAACUGAAGCUGUAGACUGUAAAUGGUACAUCCGAGCACCACCCCGAUCCAAGAUCUAUUUGCGAUUCUUGGACUAUGAGAUGCAGAAUUCCAACGAAUGCAAAAGGAAUUUUGUAGCUGUCUAUGACGGAAGCAGCUCCGUGGAGGAUUUGAAAGCGAAGUUUUGCAGCACAGUUGCUAAUGAUGUAAUGCUGCGGACAGGUCUCGGUGUAAUCCGCAUGUGGGCAGAUGAAAGCAGUCGAAGCAGCCGAUUCCAGAUGCUCUUCACAUCUUUCCAAGAACCCCCUUGUGAAGCCAACACAUUCUUUUGCCACAGUAAUAUGUGUAUUAAUAAUACAUUGGUCUGCAAUGGACUCCAGAAUUGUGUGUAUCCUUGGGAUGAAAAUCACUGCAAAGAAAAAAGAAAAGCUAACCUAUUGGACCAACUUACCAAUACCAGUGGGACUAUAAUUGGGGUGACUUCUUGCAUUGUGAUCAUCCUCAUUGUUAUCUCUGUUAUAGUACAGAUCAAGCAGCCUCGUAAAAAAUUUGUCCAAAGGAAAACAGACUUUGAUCAAACAGUGUUCCAGGAGGUGUUUGAGCCUCCUCAUUAUGAGUUAUGCACCCUCAGAGGGACAGGGCCUACAGCUGACCUUGCUGACGUUGCAGAUGACUUUGAAAAUUAUCAUAAACUGCGGAGAUCAUCUUCAAAAUGUAUUCAUGACCAUCACUGUGGAUCACAAGUGUCUAGCAUUAAGGGCAGCCGUAGUAACCUCAGCACAAGAGAUGCUUCUGUCUUGACAGAAAUACAACCCCAGCCUGUAAAACCACUCAUUCAGCCUAUGAACAGGAGAAAUAUUCUUGUCAUGAAGCAUAGCUACUCACAAGAUGCUGCAGAUGCGUGUGAGAUAGACGAAAUUGAAGAGGUACCAACCACAAGUCACAGGCUGUCCAGACAUGAUAAAGCUGUUCAGCGGUUCUGCCUCAUUGGGUCUCUAAGCAAACAUGAAUCUGAGUACAACACAACUAGGGUCUAAGAGACAAACUUGAGACUGCUUGAGAAUAGUGCGCUCCUGGGUGAUUUUGAACAUGCUACAACGAAAUGUGAAACUAUCGACCUUGGAAACAGCAGCUAGAGGUUUUAUGGACCCUCUGACCAGCUAUUCUCAUAUCAUGACAAAAUUCAGCAAACAGUAUUGAGUAAAAUUACUAGAAGGCAAUAAGACUUUGGUUAUUAUGUUUAUCAGUCAUUUCUUUCUUUCUUUUUCUCUUUUCUUUUCUUUGCAAGUUCAAGUACCAGUUUCAGGAACAAUUUAUUGAAAUCAGGUAUUUAGCCAUUCAGAAUCACAUCAAUAGAAAUGUUUGUUGGAUAAGCAUCUAGCAAUACGACUGAAUUUGGCAUUGAGAAAAUAAUCUGCAUGUAUGUUACUGAAUAUUUGAGUUGGCAAAUAUCCCUUUACUAGAUACAUUGUAAAAAGCAUGCAUUCAUGAUUAUUGCUGUUACUGUUCCAUUUCUGUGUCAUAUGCUUGCUGCUUGUAACUUUUUAUAUAAAGAUACAUAAAACAAUGUAUAAUAA